UCCAGCAGCCGCUGUUUGACUCUCUUCCAUUUGUACAGUUCAAGUGAGAAUCAUCGCCAUCAUUUGCACAAUUUCUGGGUUUCAGGAGCCCGACAGACCCGCAGCCAUGAAUCCCAAAGGGGGGGAAAAGCCGAAGUCGAAGAUUACGGCUUCUCGCAAGCUCUCCCUCAAGAUGCUUCUCCUCACAAGAGCCUGUGAGGAUUUGGAGAAGGAGAGGCAGGAUAGGGAGGAGGAGAAGGCACGCUAUCUAGGAGAAAAGUUGCCCCCUCUGCAGCUGUCUGGAAUACCACUGGACGAACUACAAAAUUUAUGCAAGGAGCUUUAUUCAAAAGUUGAUGUUGUAGACGAAGAGAGAUACGACUGCGAAUUCAAAGUGGGCAAACACAACAAAGAUAUCCAUGAGCUGAAGCUGAAAAUACAGGAUCUCGGAGGCAAGUUCAAAAAGCCCGCCCUGAGGAAGGUGAGGGUGUCUGCAGAUGAGAUGAUGAGGGCUCUUCUGGGCUCCAAACACAAGGGCUCCAUGGACCUCAGAGCCAACCUCAAGUCUGUGAAGAAGGAGGACGUCAAACAGGACAAGGUGACUGGCAGUGAAGUGGGUGACUGGCGUAAGAACGUGGAGGCCAUGUCCGGCAUGGAGGGCCGCAAGAAAAUGUUCGACACAGCUGGAGGGGCACAGUGAGACCCUGUGAGGAAAUUAUGAAGCUGGUCAAAUGAGAAGAGAAAGAAAGUACUUGAAACAGAAAUAUGGAAUAGUUAUCUGAAAGCUGAAUGAAGCACAAAGGUCAACCUCUAAGCUGUAGCCAUUUUCUGUGCAAUGACUCAAAAUGGGAGACAUCCAUUGUUGUUUUUUAUAUGACCAAAGUACAUUAUUUUAGUUUUGUUAUGACAUCUUUAGACAAUUAAAGUGGAUAUGAAUAAAGUUUCAGUCUUCAAUGUUC